CAGAAGAUGUUCGUCAUAUUUUAUUUACUGCUGACACUCAGGGUGGGAAGAUGCACAGAUGAUGUGAUCGUUGACAUGAAGACUGUUGGUGUUGGAGAUGAUGUGACUCUGACCUGUACCCGCCAGAAAGCUCAUGAUACAGUAACAGCCUUGUUUUGGAUCAGGGUUGUUUCUGGAAACUUACCUGAAUUCUUGGGGGCAACAUAUACUUUUGAUUAUAAGGGUAUUAAUCAGACUCCUCGCAUCACAGCAAAACAAGGACCUGGAACGUUUCUUCUCCAUAUUCAUAGAACAAAGAGAAGUGAUACUGGAGUUUACUACUGUGUAAAAGUUCACCAACGUGACAUGAAAUUUUUGAAUGCAACAUUUCUGAGAAUUAAAGGAUCAGAACCUGAUAUCACUGCUGUCAUUCAGGAGCCUCCAUCUGAUUCAGUCCAUCCAGGAGACUCAGAGCCUCUGAAGUGUUCAAUCCUCUCUGACCCUGAAGACAAAACAUGUCCAGGAGGUCCCAUUGUGUUCUGGUUCAAAGCUGGAUCAGAUGAAUCUCAUCCCAGUGUCAUUUACACUCAUGGAGACUCUGGUGAUGGAUGUGACAAGAGUCCUGAGGCUCACGCUCCACAGAAAUGUGUCUACAGCUUCUCUAAGAGCGUCAGCUCCUCUGAUGCUGGGACUUAUUACUGUGCUGUGGCCACAUGUGGGGAGAUAUUAUUUGGAAAUGGAACAAAACUGGACAUUGAAGCAGUCAACACCUGUGAGUCACAGCGGGACGGUACAUUUGUCUCUCUGUUAUGUGCUGCUUUGGCCGUAAGCCUGAUGGUUAUAGCGUUUCUCAUUUAUUCAAUCAAGAAGCUCAAGGAACAAUCUUGUGGUUGCUGCAACGCUGAUGUUGCUUUGCAAAAUACUGUAACAGCCAGCGCUGACUGCCAGUCAAGUGAGCAGACAGAAGAGUACUCACUGAUUUAUUCUGCACCAACCUUCACAAGUAGGAGAGCUGGAAAAUCAGAGACAAAGGAUGUUCCAACAGUGGAGGAAGAGAGUAUCUACACUGAAGUCAGGGCUCUCGAGUUGGAUUAGAAGACUAAACAAUGAAACCACCACUUAAUGCUGUUGUAAUUUUUAUCUGCUCACAAAAAAUGUGUGCUUCAUUUCAUUUGACAUUAUGUUUAUAUGUUUUGUAAAGAAAAAUGAAUCCCUGUGGCAUAAAGAUAAUAUAUUAUAACAGUCAGGUUCUUUGCAAUCGACUAUUUCUGUAAAAAUCUAAUAUUUAUAAACCUUUGUUGUUUCAUUUUUAGUUGUUAAUUUGGAGAGGAUUUUCCUGUCUCCUCCUUUGUUUCUCAUGAAUUUUCCUCCACGACCCACAUCAACAUAUGCAUCAGUGCUGUAAAGGUAUUGUGCUAACAGGUUUUUGGUUGUGAUAUGUUGCUUCCUUCUUGAUAAAUACAUAUUCAUUUUCAUACUUUAUUUAUAAUAAAAUCAAAGAUACAACUUU